UCGUAUUUUUUGGUCUAGUUUUCUGCUCAGCCCGACUUGGAAGCAAUAAUUGUUUAUUGUUUUCUAAGUAGCUCCGGUUUACUAAUUGAAUUUUAAUUUUGGGUGCAAAUGUAAACACCGACCACACCCACGCCGCCCAGUAACACUAGUUCACUGAUUUGUUACAGAUUUGAAAGAGGACAGAGUUAGGUUUACGACUUUGUGUUUUACAAACUUUGUUUUGUAACAACAUUAGAUAUUUAUUUCUAAUUUUGUCAAAUCGAAAAUGUUGACUCCAACACUGGCCCGUCAGUUGACCAGAGCAGCAAAAUGCGUUGGGCAACUAAGGAUUGGAGGGGCCGCAGUGGCACCCGUGCGACUCUUCUCAACUCCACCUCCUGGUCAAACGCCACCAACUCUUCCACCACCGGAAACACGACCUGCGGUUCGUAAAGUGAACUCUGCCGUGCGUCAGAACCUGAUAGAAUUUGGUGGCUAUGUGGCCGAGUGUCUGCCCAAAUACGUUCAAAAGGUGCAAUUGGCAUGUGGGGACGAGCUGGAAGUGUUAAUUUCCCCGGACGGCGUUGUCCCCGUCCUCUCGUUCCUCAAAGACCAUCAUCAAUGUCAGUUCGCCAAUCUUACCGAUAUUGCGGGCAUGGAUGUCCCCACUCGUCCCUAUCGAUUUGAAAUUAUCUACAAUUUUCUCUCCUUGCGAUUCAAUUCUCGUAUUCGUGUCAAGACAUAUACCGAUGAAGUGACUCCAAUCGAUUCCUGCAAUGACAUCUUUAAAGCUGCAAAUUGGUACGAGCGAGAAAUCUGGGACAUGUACGGUGUCUUCUUUGCCAACCACCCUGACCUGCGUAGAAUCUUGACUGAUUAUGGCUUCGAAGGACACCCCCAAAGACGAGACUUCCCACUCUCUGGUUAUGUGGAAGUUCGCUACGAUGAUGAAGUGAAGCGUGUCGUAGUGGAGCCUCUGGAAUUAUCGCAAGAAUUUCGCAAGUUUGAUUUAACAAGUCCUUGGGAACAGUUUCCCAACUUUCGAGAGGGUGGGAAACCUCCAUCACUCACAGAAGAGGUCAAAUUGCCACCUCCCAAACCAAAGUAGUAAUUGUAAUUGUGUGAACCAAAUUUAUUAAAGCGGCAUGUAUAUUGUAAUUUUAAGCAAUCUGUCAAAUAUAAUAAGUACAUACAUACAUAUGUACAUCAGUAAAUUCGUAGUAAAUAUUUUGUUCUUUUGGAUCGGAGUUGGAAUGAACAAUGAAAUAAAUAAUUAAACUGGUGA